AUGGCGGAACUGAUGGCCAUGGGCAAUGAUGUUGUUCAUGUUGCUGUCAAGAAUGAUGUCAGAGAAAGCAGAUCGACUCUGGUUUGGGCUUUGAGGAACCUAGGUGCCAAGAAAGUCUGCAUCCUCCAUGUUUAUCAGCCAAAAACUGCUUCUCCUGCUGCACGCAAGCUUGAAGAAUUGGAGGCUAUCAUGUACGAGACAUUACAUGAUUAUUUUGACCUCUGUCAACAAGAAGGGGUGAAUGAGGACGACAUUUACAUAUCGUGUAUAGAGAUGAACGAUGUGAAGCAGGGGAUAUUAGAACUCAUCCAUGAGAGCAAAAUCAAGAAGCUCGUUAUGGGAGCUGCAUCAGAUCAUCUUUAUUCAGAGAAGAUGUUCGAUCUCAAGUCCAGAAAGGCAAAGUAUGUGUACCAACACGCGCCUAGCUCCUGCGAGGUUAUGUUUACGUGUGAUGGUCAUCUCAUCUACACAAAGGAAUCCAGUCUUGAAUACCGUGUGGAUGAAACAGAAGCUGAAGCUGGACAAUCGAAACCAAAGCUCUAUUCCUCUGCUUCGCCAAAAUGCUCUGCAGAAUUGGUGUCUGCAAUUGUAGCUUACAUUGACACAAGGAGAGACAUGGACAUGUUAGAGCCAACCGCAACGGAGGAUCAAUCUGAAAGCGAGAGGAAUGAUCAACUGUAUAGACAGCUUAAGCAAGCACUUAUCGAAGUUGAGGAAUCGAAGAGAGAAGCGUAUGAAGAAUGUGUCAGGCGGUUUAAAGCUGAAAACACUGCUGUUGAGGCCAUUCGUAGUGCAAGAGAGUAUGAAGAAAUGUUCACCGAGGAAGCGAGGCUGAGGAAAGAAGGUAAAGAAGCAUUAGCAAAGCAGAGGAAAAUGGUGGAGAAGACUAAACAGGAGAGGGACGACGCGCUUAUCAUCAUUCUGAAUGGAAGAAAGCUAUACAAUGAGGAACUGAGACGCAGAGUUGAAGCUGAAGAGAUGUUGGGGAAGGAGAAAGAAGAACACGAGAGAACCAAGAAGGAGAUGGAAGAAGUGCGGGUCAUUGUUAAGGACGGGAUGCAGCUGUACAACGAGCAACUGAGACAGAGGAAAGAGAUGGAGGAAUCAGCGAAGAGACAAGAGGAAGAGCUUGAGAAGACAAAGAAGGAGAAGGAAGAAGCCUGCUUGAUAAGCAAGAACUUGAUGCAGCUAUAUGAAGACGAGGUGAGGCAGAGGAGAGAAACAGAGGAGUUGGGGAAGAGGAGAAGAGAGGAGCUUGAGAAAGUGAAGAAGGAGAAAGAAGAAGCUUGCUCUGUUGGACAAAACUUCAUGAGGCUAUAUGAAGAAGAAGCGAGUUGUAGAAAAGGAACAGAGGAAGAGCUCAGCAAGGUCGCUUCUGAGAAAGACGCAGCUAGUUCAGUCUGUUCAGAGAUUCUGUCGCUUCUUCAGAGCUACACUCUUCGCCAUGGAAUACCUUUUGGAUUCUCUGAUGAGGAUUCCCUUACACGUCAGCCUCCGUCGUACUUCAUCUGCCCCAUCUCGCAGGAAGUGAUGCGAGAGCCUCGUGUAGCAGCCGAUGGUUUCACCUACGAAGCAGAAGCCUUAAGAGAAUGGCUCGACAAUGGUCACGAGACCUCACCAAUGACGAACCUUAGGCUCGCCCACAACAACCUUGUCCCUAACCAUGCCCUUCGUUCCGCCAUUCAAGAGUGGCUUCAACGAAACUCUUAA